AUGACGACUGCACAGCGCGAGGCUACGCUGCGGUGGCUCGAAAAGAAGCCAGAGGCGCGAGAAAGACAAUUGACUUUGGGUAGGCUUCGCGCGGCAAGGCAACGUGAGAGGAAAAGCGCAGCUAAGCAACAACGCGGCACGGACCCGGGGUUAACGUUGCACUCCUCCUUGUCCCCCAGCCUGUCGAUCCCACCUAACGCUCAACCCAACUCUCAUCUCUCACCCCAGCAUGUCGCCAACCUCGCGACUCGCACCUCUCAUAGCUCAUCUGUCGCAGCCAUUCGUGCAGAGAUCCAGGAUUGGACACUGGAGUGGGGGAGCGAGAAGGAUUGGGCCGUGGAGUUCCAUCGUGAGCUGCGCCGUGCAGAGGCACAUCCUCCCGAUGGUGUCGACUCGUGGGUCAAUUUUCUCGACGACCACGUUCGUCAUGGGAGGGAUAUCCUUGUUGCGCUCAAGAACGUCAACAUGAAGGAAGUUUUCGAAGACCCUCUUGUGGUCCAGGAUAUUUUCACUCAGGUCCUGGAGCUCACCCACCACGUUCUUUCUGAAGUUGUAUUCAUUUCUGUAAAACUUGACGAGUACGCGCCUGCCCUCCCCUCCUCUCGUAUCUCUGGUGCCCGACACUUUACCAUGUAG